AUGAAGUUCUCUAACGACGUUUCUUCUUCACGCAGUAAGUCCCGCAAGGCUCACUUCUCUGCUCCAUCUUCCCUCCGCCGUAAGAUCAUGAGCGCUUCUCUUUCCAAGGAAUUAAGAGAAAAGCACCAUGUUCGUUCCAUGCCAAUUCGUAAGGAUGAUGAAGUUACCAUCGUUCGCGGUGCCUUCAAGGGUCGUGAAGGAAAGGUUGUCACUGUCUACCGUAAGAAGUGGAUCAUUCACAUUGAACGUGUCACCAAGGAAAAGACUAAUGGUGCUUCCGUCCCAAUCCCAAUCCACCCAUCUAAGGUUAUGAUCACCAAGUUAAAGAUGGAUAAGGACAGAAAGGAUCUCUUAGAACGUAAGGCU